UAAACCCCGUGAUCUCCAAAACAACAUAACAAAGUGGGAGAAACAUGGCGAGCGGAGAGGAGGCCAGAAGACGCCCCUCGGUUACCUCCUCUUCGGUCGGCCUGGAGGCUCUCUUCCCCGCAGGGACCUCGGAGCAGGCCGGCGCCGACGGAAACCCGGAGCUCGUCCUGCUGCGGGAGCGUCUCCAGGCUUGGCUAUCGCCGUAUGAACCCCUGCUGCUGUGGGUGCAGAGGCUGCUGGUGUGGGAGAGGCCGCUGUACAGCAUCUCUGUUGCCCUGACGCUCAACACAUUAUUCUGGCUCCUGUCCUCCACCUCCCUGCGGCCUCUGUUCCUGCUGAGUGUGUCCCUGCUGGGGCUCAUGCUCCUGGAGAGAUGGAAGCCCAAGCUGCCCAUCAUUACCAUUCAACAUGUUGAGGCACUCACUGUACAAAGUGAAACAAUGAGCACAGAGCAGCGUCUGCUCAGUGUUCCUGAGCUCAGCCACCACCUGGCUGAGAGCUACCUGACCUGCUGCCUGUAUCUCCAGGAGAUGCUGCAGUACAAGCGACAAAACCACGGCAAGUUCUGUGUGAUGAUGUGCAGCGGCUGUUUUGUACUAGCUGUGGUUGGACAUUAUGUCCCGGGAAUCAUGAUCUCCUAUAUAAUAGUCCUGAGCGUCCUGCUGUGGCCGCUGGUGGUGUACCACGAGCUGAUCCAGAGGAUGUACACCGGCCUGGAACCAAUCCUGAUGAAACUGGAUUACAGCAUGAAGGGAGAUACUGAGCACCGCAAGCAUGACAAGAGGAAGGUAAAGAAGGAGAUGGAGGAGGGCGAUGAGCCUAGAGCUGAAACAGAAAGUGAGAGUGAGGAGGAGCUGUCCUGCUUUGCUCCAACGGUGGACGUGAAGACUACUGCUCUGGCAAUGGCCAUCACAGACUCGGAGCUGUCGGAUGAAGAAGCUUCCAUCUUGGAGAGUGGAGGGUUCUCAGUGUCCAGAGCCACCACUCCUCAACUGACCGAUGUCUCUGAAGACUUGGACCAGCAGAGUUUACACAGCGACCCGGAGGAGGCCUACCUGCGGGAUCUUCCUGAGUUCCCCUCAGCCGAGGAGUUUCCAUUCAUUGAGCACAACCUGCUUCACUUUCCUCUGCGAGGUCCGGGCCAGGGAGACAGAACCCAGGCUUGUGCUCAAGCAGAGGGGGAACCGCUGAGCCCCGCCAGCCUGCUCAUCCAGCACCUAGCGUCCCCUCUCCACUUUGUGAACACACAUUUCAAUGGACACGGACGACCGCCUGGGGGUGAGGAGGGUCUGUCGGCUGUUCCGGGUGCAGGAGAGGGAGCAGCAGGGAGGCAGGAGGGGGAGGAGAAGGAAGCGGCGGUAACCCAGGGUGCACAGCGUUCAUUGGAGGCCUUGAGCGAGGAGAUAGUGAGCACGGCCAUCUCCACCGUUGUGCAGAACACUCUGUCGGCCCUGCUGCACUCCAGCGAGGCCGGCGACGAGCCCUCCCUGGAUGAGUUCCUCCCCACUGAAACUCCACCAGGUGCUCUGGAGACCUCCACCCCACCCACCGACACCACCGCUGACACUACAGUUACUACGACGGGGGCGGCGGGUCCCGACGAGGACCCGGAUGAGGCGAUCACGACGGAAAGCGGCGCUGGCGAGGAGUUCCCCGACGACACACUAGUUCCGACCGAGGACGAGGACUUUGAGCUUUUGGACCAAAGUGAACUGGAGCAGGCAGACGAGGCGCUGGAGCUCAGCUCUGACAGACCGGUGGUGGGAGGAGCUCCUGACACGCCUCCGUCUCCUCAACAUCAACCACAGUCAUAGCUUUGCUGUUCGCCCCCACCGUCAACUGUGUUUGUCUUUUAUUUGUACAUUAGAACUACAUUAUAAACAUACAUACAGCUAUUUACAAUUCAUUUAUCAAAGAGUUUAAUACUGCUGGUUGGUGAUUGUGUGGCAGAUGGUUGAGACACUUGGUAGGUUCUCUUUUCAUAGCUUCGCUUUACGAGGGUCUGCACAGCCUCGGUACCUGAGUUCUAGUCCAAGAUUGUCACAUUUAAUGGGAUCAUUGCAGCUUUACUGUUCCCCUAAUGGAAAUCAUCAGUAUGCAUUUACAGUAGAAGUUUUUGGCUUGAUAGUGUCAGAGAGCAGAGGUUGGAUUGACGGUUCGUUACUGUUUUAAACCCGUUUAGUCUCUUCUGAAGCCUUCAUUUUGUACCUUGGCUAAUGGCUGAACCUUCCGAAGCAGAUGUUUAUGUAGAUGGUAUUAUGAAGAGUUGAAAUGUUGGAUUACAUGACUAAUAAUAUAUGCGAUAAAUUAUUUAAUUUAAUGAUCAGUUGAUUAUUAUUAUUAUUAAGCUGAGGGGGAGUUUGAAAGUACGUUUUAUCCUUUCCAUAAUGAUUGUAUGUAAGUGUUUUAACGACGGACGUCCAAGUUCAAAUUGUAGUUGCGUCUUCCCGGUUAGUGAAUCGAUAUUAACCCCCCGUCUUUACCUUUUAAGGUUUUGAAAGAAGCAUUCAAUCAUUGGUGGUUUUUCACUUGUUGCCUGAAAAUGGAAUCUUUGACAUUACUGGAUGUUGACAACUAGUUGGUCUUUACCCAUACACACAAGUGACUUUCACGUGGCAAGAUAAAAGAAAUGUUCCUGGAUUUCCUCUCUGUGAUGGAUGCCUCGUUUUUAUUGAGAUUAGAUCUCACAUCCAUUUGAGUUUAUUACUGAUCCGACAGAUUUAAAACCAUCAUCACUGGGGAAUAUAUAUUUACCAAAUAACCUCCUCCGUGCCACGACAAGUUCAUGCAUGCCGUGCAUCACGCAUGUCUCAAUAUUCAAGGUCAGUUUUCAAAAGAGCACUACAUGUACUGGAGCAGAUUUUUUGUCUUGUUUUUGAAGGGGCAUAAAGCUUUCAUUGUACAUCACGUGUCUGAAAAAAAUUGACGAAUACUUCCAGUUGAAUGAAGAGGGCGAUUUUUGCUUUUGUAAACCACUCAGCAUCCAAAUCUCAGGGGUGGGUUGUACAAAGUGAAUAUAAAACUGCAGAAUACGUGUCCAUUUCCUGACUUGUCGUAGUGCACUGUAUUUGUACUAACCUUUCCUUUUUUUUCCAGUCUCCUUGUGUAUAGUGUAGAAAUGCAAAAAAAAAAAAAAAAGGAAAGUGUAUAUUCUGCAUGUAAAAACAGCACUCUCUUCAAGUUCUCCUUGUCAGCUGACAAAGUACUGCACAAUUUGUGAGGAAAAUCAGUUCGAAUGUUUCAGGUUAAAAAAAAAAAACGCCUGUUAAAUUCAGUUUAUUUCAUUACAAUGAGGGGAAUAAAAGUUUUGAUGUGUCCUUUUAUUUUGAAAAGACUACCCAGCUGUAAAUGGAAAUGGGUGGCAAGCGAUAACAUCAGAUUUAGAGAUUAACAGACUAGUUUGUGUAUGGUAGUUGUGUAUUUUAUGCUUAAAAUAUUUGCUUCUUGACCUAUAUAUGUAUAUGUGUAUAUAUAAAUACACAUAUAUAUACAUAGAUAUAAAAAUAUAUAAAAGACACUUACCGAACUGUACAAUUUAAAAAAAAAAAAAAAGGAAUAUAUUUUCUAAUUUCUCCUUUUUCCAUAAAGUACUCAGUUUGAUCUUUUACGUCUAAAAAUGUAACCGCUACGGACAAGUUUCAGAACGUGGGAAGGUUUGCUGUCAUUAAGCUGGUAAAAUAAAUCUGCAACUUCACAUGUGAAAGUAAGACAAUAAAAGAACAAACUGAAACAAACUAAA